AUGGCGACAACUACUACAACCAAGAGGAAGAAGAAGCUCAUCUACAAACAGGACGCCGAUGGGGUUUUUAGGUUGAAAAAAGUCGAUGAUACCGAUCAUGACACUGUUUCGACAACCACCACAGAGCUCUUGGAGCGGAAAACAAAGGUGGAUAACUAUCUCAACGAGUUGAUGGACUGCUCGUACACGAUUGAAGACGAUUUAAAGAAAAACUCGGCGUCCGAUACAAAUCCAUUGGAUCUGGUGGCUAAACAUCAACAAACGGGCCCAAAAUCCAAAAAGUGCAAAAAAAUAAAACCCACGACUAACAAUACAUCUUCUAAAAAUUUGAAAACUUCAUCUUCACCUCCAUCUUCACCUUCAUCUUCACCUCAAUCUUUAUCUUCACCCUCUUCUACAAAGUCUCCUCCAAGUACUUCACCAAUAACGGCACAGAAACUGAAACCGAAAAAAAAAUCCAUUUUCUCACCACUCACAGUCAAACUCACUAGCACCAUGGCGAAAGCGAAACAAGUUGGCAAACAAGCCCUACGGUUUCAUGUACCUAGUUUUUUGUUAGGCAUUGUAUCGACUAUCAUGGGCACUGUUUUCAAGAAAGAAUUGAUACUUCUUACAAUUGGCCUAGUUGUCACGGGAAUAGUGCUAGCGGUAUUGGGAGUCGCGGGCCUUGUGGCCUGCUUGUACCUCGGGUGGAUAAAACAAGAAGACAUCAAGAUUGUUGAUCUAGCAUUGACAUAUAUGGAGACUAAAUUCAACUUUAAUCCCUUGAACAAGAAACUACACGCUGAUGACGACUCGGGAGAAGAAGAUGAAGAAGAAGAAGAACAGGAAGGACAACAAGAAGAAGAAGAAGAAGACGAGGAGGAAGUGGACGAGACUGUGGAAAUAAUUCAAGAAUAUGCCCAAAAUAGGAGCAAACCGCGACUGAAGCCUGCUACUACUACUGCCACCAAGUAUGAGCCACCACCAUCUGCUGCGCCACAGCAAAGGCAAUCCAAGACCAAAGUUACUCCCUACAGAUGUGAAAGAGAACCAAGAUCGCCCUAUGGUGCUGAAAAGUCUCCGAAGCACGAAAGUUUGCCCGAUUUUGGCGCUUUGCAGAAUCGAAGCAGGACAUCUUCGUCGCAGGAUGUACCUGCACUUCAGAGAAUAAACUCCGCGCCUCUUCGCUCUAUGCCCAAGCAGAAACAAUCGCCGCUGCACUAUCAACCGAUCAUACCAUCGCCGCCGGUUACAUCGUCAAAGAGAACCAGAAACAAUCUGGUUGAAUCAGGAGGAGGAGGAGGAGGGGGGUCGAGUCCAUCUUUCACCAAGCUCUUCCCCACUCUUUCAUCGCAGGCUGAAGAACUACCCUUGAUAAAUGAAGUCAAGUUGGUUGACUCGAUUACGGAUGAUUUUGAAGAGGAGCCUGCACUUGUUGGUCAUUCGACAAAUCCAUUUACUAGGCAACAGUCAAUUUUGGGUACACGGGAUCAUUAUAAAAAGUUUGUAGCUAACGCUAACCAUUGA